UUAUUUUCUACCUACUAUUUUUCUUGUUGUUUCGUUUUUCCUUCUUUCGGGCUCUCCGUCCUUUUCCCCACGAGCUGUCGAGGCUGAGACCCGCUGUAUGAGCGCGUCACCUCUGCGGGCGCCCUGCGCUCUGACCAGGCUGCGGGCGGUUCGUACCAGCUUCGCUCCGGCCGCCGUCCCGCGGGCGAGCACUGAGUUGUGCGUCACCCUCCGGAGCAGGACGCACCCUGCCCUCGCUCCUGCUUUUCCCCUCGGUGUUUCUCUCGCUCGCAGUUCCCGGAGCGGCUCCAGGUGUGAGCUAUGAGGGUAUCUAUGCCAGCUGUGGCGGUGUGGGGGAGAAUUGCUCCCUCGCACAGCAUCACUGCCAUUAUGAUUACAGAUGACCAGCGGACUAUUGUUACGGGAAGUCAAGAGGGGCAAAUAUGUCUCUGGGAUCUUUCAUCAGAAUUAAAGAUUUCAUCUAAAGAAAUUCUCUUUGGCCAUACUGCUUCUAUAACAUGUUUGGCAAAAGCAAGAGAGUUUGAGAAACAGCCAUACGUAGUAAGUGCUACUGAAAAUGGGGAGAUGUGUGUUUGGAAUGUCACUAGUGGACUGUGCAUUGAGAACACAAAGCUUCCUUAUAGGCAUACAGCAAUCUAUUAUUACCAUUGCUCUUUCCGAAUGACGGGUGAAGGCUGGCUUCUUUGUUUUGGAGAAUAUCAAGAUGUUCUUAUUAUUGAUGCUAAGACUUUGGGUGUUCUGCACACUUUGUCUUCUCAGUCUUCUGACUGGAUAAAUUGUAUGUGUAUUGUUCACUCCGCAAGAAUUCAAGAAGACUCAUUGGUUGCUGUGUCUGUAACUGGAGUUCUUAAAGCAUGGGACCUAUCUUCAUCUUUGACUAGCAUACAGGAGAGGCAAAAUGUGUGUGAAAAGGAAUCAAAGUCUCUGGACUGUAUAAACUGCCGAGCAAUACGGUUUUGCACUUACACAGAAAGGCUCCUUCUGGUUGUGUCUUCCAUAUGCUGGCAGGUCUACGAUUAUUGUGAUUUCUCCUUGCUGUGUACUGAGUUCUGUAAGAGUGGUCAGUGCUUUGCUGGUGGGGAAGUACUAGCAGCUUACAGGCUUAUCAUCUGGACAGAAGAUGGUUACAGUUACAUCUACCAGCUGCUAAACAGUGGACUUUCCAAAAGCAUAUAUCCUGCAGAUGGGAAGGUGCUGAAAGAAACUGUUUAUCCUCAUUUACUCUGCUUUACUGAUGUGAAAGAAAAUAAGAGUUUCCCUUUUGUCAUGGGCUUUAUGAAUGAAAGAAAGGAGCCUUUCUAUAAGAUCCUUUUUUCUGGUGAAGCUUCAGGAAGAAUCACUUUGUGGCAUGUUCCUGAUGUUCCUGAAUCAACAUUUGAUGGUUCACCAAAAGAAAUUCCAGCUUCAACAACGUGGACUCUCCAGGAUAAUUUUAAUAAAGCCCAUUCAAUGGCAGAGGGCAUUAUAGAUCAUCUUUGUGAGUCUAAAGACGGAAUUGAAAAUGCAGUUGUGACUUCCUCUAUGUACAUACCCAGUCUAGAUAAGCUCGUCUGUGGAUGUGAAAAUGGGGAGAUUGUCAUAACUCCAGGUCUGGAAACUGCAAGAUCAAGACUUCUAGAAAAUGUGUCCUUGAAAGGUAAUCUACCUCAUAAAGUUUUGAAUGGGCAUAGUAGCAGAGUUACAUGUUUACUUUAUCCACAUGGUAAUUCAGUAAGGUUUGAUCCCAGCUGGCUGUUAUCAGGGAGCCAGGAUUCUACAGUGAUCUGUUGGGAUAUAUUUACUGGAAAAGUCUUGCAUCAAUUUAUUCUGCAAUCUGGUCCAGUGACAGAGCUAUUGAGAUCUCCAGAAAACUGCAAAUUGCAAUAUCAUAGUGUAGUGUGCUGCUUGUGCAGUGAUCACUCAGUAGCAGUUCUACACCUUCAGAAGAAAGUUUGUCUCUUACAUGCCAGAAAACAUCUGUUUCCUGUGAAGAAGAUAAAAUUUGACCCCAUUGAAAAUCUGCUAAUUGUUGGGUGUGAAGAUGAUUCAGUUUAUGUUUGGGAAAUUGAAACAGGCACCUUGGAACGACACGAAACAGGUGAAAUAGCAAAAGCAAUCCUUUCUUCCAUUGAAGAUUCAGAAUACUUAGUGGCAGAUUCUCUACAUUCUGUAUAUCAGGAGUCAAAAAGAAAUAAAAAUGUUCAAUACAAAUCCUCCAGCUCUUAUAAGCAUGGUAUGACCUCUUACAACCUUACUCAGACGGAAAAAUCUUCUGAUAAGGUAAUGGAUAACAGCCUUAUUCAACAGCCCUUUGCUGUUUUACCAGUUAAGACAAAAUGGAACAAUGCAAACUUUCAUGUUCUCUUAUUUGAUGUGGAAAAACUUGUGGAUCUUCUGCUGUCAUCUCAACCCUGUGGAUUAAAGUCAUCAAAUUCAUUCCACAACUAUGAUGCUCUAGAAAGAGCCAAAAGUACCACUGAGAAAAGAGCACUGACAUUAAAAAGAAAUAAAACUCCUGGGUUCACAUUGUCAGUGGAUGAACAAGUAGAUACUGUUUGUGCAAACCAGGCCAAUAGAGAUUCUAACACAAUUAGACCUUUGGAAGAAAGUGGUGGCAUAAAAAGACAGAAAAAAAUGAAGAGUUCAAGAAAGACUAAAGUGCAGCCAUCAGAAAACAUCGACGUGAACAUCACCACAGAUACAGCUAAACUGCUUUUGUCCUGUCUCUUACCCUGGGGUGUAAAUAAAGAAGUAGAUAAUCUUUGUGUUGGGCAAUUAGAUAUCUUAAGGCUGCAGAGUCCGGUUGCUUUUGGACUUGUGUCAAAUGAAAGCCACCUCUCACUGAUGUUGCCAGGAUGGAAAUGUACUGAUGGUGGAGUGCUAGAAGAACACACUGUAAGCAACUUGUUUUCAAAAAGAGUGCUUGAUUUAUCAAACAAGUACCUUGCUACAACUGAAGGACACACUGCUGAGAAAGAUGGAGCAGGGAAUAAUGUUUACAGAACAAAGGGAGCAGAAAUAUUUUUUUUCUUAUUAAGCAGAAUAGUUUUAAUCAACAGAGUUUUUAACAUGCCUCCAGCAGAUGCAAGUCAAAUUGAAAGCCUACAGCAACCAGAAUCUGUACACAACAAAUGGCAAAAUAUGGAAGCUGCCAUAUCUUCAUUUCCCAGUUUUUAUGGAGAGUUACCACGCAAUAAAAGAAGACAUCGUUCCUCUGAUUUGGGGAAUGCUUCACUGUUGAAACUCAUUUCUUCUUGGAGUGACCAAUCUAUAAAGAUAAUUGAGGCAAUACAAGCAGUGCUGUUGGCAGAAGUUCAGAGGACUAUGACAACCUUGAGAAAGACAGAAGUCUGCAGAGAGCCACUGGCUGUAGUAGAGAAUGGAAAUGUUAGUGUACUGAAGCAUGACAAGAACUCAAACCCCGCCAACUUCCAGGAUGUGGAGGAUGCGCCUGACAGAUAUGUCUUAGAAGAGUCUGAGAGUCCAGAUGAUAUGAAGUCACAUCCCUGGAUAUCUAAGGUGUGCUCCUGUAAGGUGUGUUAGAAGAUCCCACUUAGCUGGAAGAAUGCGACAAUGCACAAGAUCAGCAAAGACAUAAGAUAAAGGUGGAAUGGACAUGGGAUGGCUUAUUGUGGUUAUUAUUUUAUACCUUUAACACUUCAUUUUCAGAAGAAAUAUCUUCCAUAAUGUCAGCUGUUCUUUGCUGAUUUACUGAAUUCAUUCACACUUCUCUCACUAAUAGAUUUACAGUUAUUCAAUUUAAUUUGAUAUUUCUAACAUAGAAAAUAUCAAGUCCUUAUUUUAGAUGUUUUUCACUAGCUGCAGUAGUGAUUCCUGACAUUGAUUGACUGUGAAAAUCUUGCCUCAGUUUGAAUAUUCUUUUGAGUGCAACUAAUUUAAAUAAUCAAACUUAUUUUUUUCUCUCCUUUCUUCUCAUUUUCAUUGCCAAUAGCAUUUCAGCACUAAGCAAAAUGAAUAGCAUUUGGCUUAUUUGAAAAAAUAGAGGGUUUUUUUAUUUUAUUUUAUUUAAAGGAAAAAAGCACUGGAAUAUUUGGAAACAAUAAAAUAUAAACAACUUUGUGUUCACAGAUCUGCAUGGGAAAUUGAUUUUAAGUCUGGUUGUGUCUAGCAUGUGCAUUUUCCUUUUAUAAAUACUGCCAGCAGUGUAAUCUGAAGAUAGGUGCUCCGAUAUGAAGAUGGAGAAGCCCAUCUGAAUUCUCUACUGAAGUGAUACACUUUGUUGAAUUGCAGUUUGUGCUCAUGGGGAAAAGAAGAUACACAUCUCUGUCCUUAUAAAAAAAAAAUACUGUGUUUGGAAAAAUAUUAGCAGUUCAUUAGACUCAUAUAUCACAUAAAGUUCUGAGGGAUUUCUGCUGGUCUGCCACUCUGAGCAGCACAUUUGCUUUCUGUGUUACCAAUAGUAGGAGGGCUAAUGGAGUCAAAGAGGCUUGUAGAUGAUGUCAUCUGGAUUUGUACAAUGGUGGAAAUCACUGCCUGAUAUUAUGCUUCCUGUUAUGUUAGCCAUAAUCUGCUUUAUCUAGUAAAUUGGGGAUUUCUUUAGCGUGAAAGAAUUCUCUGGCAAUUAAUCCCUCUCUUCUUUCUGUGGGAAUGUCAUGGCCAUAGGUGUGACCAAACCUGGCUUGAAUUUGGCUGCAACAUCAUAAGAAGUAGAAUUUGAAUUGUCAUUCUACUGAAAAUGUGCCAUUAAAAUAGGCUGAAGCCCAGGGCAGAUAAUGAUAUUUAAUUUUGUUUUUCUGGAAUUAUAAAUACCAUGCAUAAAAUGACAUCUUUUAUAGUAAAGCCAAUGUGUUUUACAAAUUUUGUAUAUUUCAGGAGGAGCUUUCAUAGAAUCAUGGAAUAUCCCGAGAUGGAAGGGACUCAUAGGGGUCAUUGAAUCCAAUUCCUGGAUCCAUGCAGAACCACCCAAAAAUCACACCAUAAGCUUUCCUUAUUCUUAGGAGUCAUUUUCAUAUAUAAACCAUACCUUUCAUUUAUACAGGCUUAUAUUUGAAUUACGGUGACUUAAACAAUCUAGAUGUGGAGUGGUAUGGCUUCCUUCUUUCAUUUAUCAUGAUGGAUGUCUAUAGUAAUUUCACUUACGUGUUUAUACUUGCAUAACACAAGGUCUAUGCAGCCAAG